UGCUCAUCUGAGACUUGCAGCAAACAUGAAGUGCAUUUAAAACUGAAGAACGCAGACUCGGGGAUUGUUUUCUAGAUGGAGUCCUACAGAAGUGACAGCGUUUAUGAUGGGCGUCCUCAACCGGGCGAGGAACCGUAUGACCCUGUUCCAGUAUCUCAGGGGGAUGAUUCGUUUGGGGUGAAAGUUCAGGUCCAGGGCAUCAGUGGUCGGCCGUAUGUCGUGCUGAACGCUCAGGGGAGGAACGCUCCUUCUCCACAUUAUCCUGAUGUGUUCUUCGUGGAUCAACAUCAGAACGAGUUUGUUCCAAAUAUGAGCAGAAGUGCGUCCAGCACUCCAACUCCUCGACCAGAUUACAGAUUUCUGAGACCUCUGAAUAACUACCAGAAGAACCCGGAGAUGCUACGACCACAUGAUCCCAGAAACACCAGUGUGAACGUUCAGAGGAACACGGGAACAGGUCGAGGCUGGUGUAGCAGCCCUCCGUCACCAGUAAGCAUCUCACCCGUGAUGGUGAAGAGAGCCAGGAUUCCUGUUCCGGGAGCGAACCGUGAGAGAUUCCAGGAUCAGACGGUAGAGAACAUUCCCUGCCAACCAUCACAUAUCAUCUGCAGACUGUCUGUUCCUGCCACCGAAGAUCUAGAGAUGAUGAAAAACAGAGAAUCCACUAGGAUCGGCCGAGUCGGCCAAAGGAGCAGGAUUACGCCCGAGGAGAAGAGACGGUCCCGGAGCGUUGAGUCCAGAUCAGGAGUAAAGUUUCCAGGGAUUGAAGGCUUUGGGACGGAGGUUGGCAGCUUCCCUGCAUUCAAACAUCACGGACGAGCACAGCAGAAAGCUGAGGUCACAGAGGUGAAUGCUCAGAGGUCCGAUGUCAAAGUUCUGCUCAGAGAAGAGACACAGAGUCCAUCCAGAACCGUCCAGAACAGCAGUGGACAGUCAGGUCCAAAGAGAGAUGCUCAGGCCACUCCUGAUCUUUUGAAAGGACGUCGACAGCUCACAACUCGUCCUGAUGAGGAAACGGCUAAACUGGUGAUGUUUAACUACCUCAAAGAGGGGUCCAGUGAGGGUGAAGACGUUAUCAGGCAGAUGGUGGAGGUGAUGUUUGAGAAGAUCCAUGUAAUGAAAUCCAGGGCAGCAGAGACGCUGGACGAGUUUCAGUUGGCGGAUCCUCUCGCGGAGGUGAAUGAUCUUAAAGACAGACGGGCGGCGCUAGAGAGCAAAGUCUCUGAGUUACAACAGCAGCUGGAGGAAGCCAUUAAAAACAGCGAGAGCUUGUGUGAGGAGAAAGAGAGGAGACGCGCCGAGCUGAAGAAACUCCAGGAGGCGCUAGAGAGCAGCGAACAGGAGCAGAUUGACCUCCGACACAAACUCACGGACAUGGAGAAAGAUCUCCAGACAUCACUGGACCAACUCCUGCAGGCGAAGCGAGCGAGAGAUCAGUGUCGUGUUGAGAUGAGAGAUCUCCAGCAGCAGCUGUCUGACAUUCAUGAUGAAUUAGACAACACAAAAAGCUCCGACAGCAGACAGACACACAGACUGAUGCAGGAUCUGCACGAGAUGCGUGUGGAGUUUGAGGCGCUGCAGGACGUUCAUGAGCAGCAGGAUAACGUGUUACAGCGCAGAGAGAGAGAGAUGAAGGCCCUGCGAGAGGCGCUCGAGGACGAGGUCUCCGCUCAUGCAAGAGAUGUUGAGAACCUGAAGGAGGAACACCAGCAGGAGAUACAUAAACUUCUCAAAGCCACAGAGGACGCCAAAGAGAGUGUGGCGGUUCUGGGUCAGAAGGUUCUGGAGGUGGCGUCAGAAAAAGCAGCGAGUCAGAAGAACAUCUCAGAACUGAUUCAGACUAAAGCAGAACUCCAGGAGAACAUCAGCGCUCUAGAGGAGCACAUCACCUCCCUCAAUGAUGUCCUACAGCAGAACCAGAACCACGAGAACCGACUCAAAGAACGAGUGGAGCAGCUGACGAUGGAGAAACAGAAUGUGGAGGUGGAGCUGAUGGACGUCAGACAGCAGGAGGAGGACAUGUGUACAGCCAACCAAGCUCUCAUGAGACACCUGGAGGACACACAGAGUGAGUUGAGCAGGUUGAAUCGAGCUCAUCGUGAGCUGAAGGAGAGGUUCGAGGAGGAGAGCAGACAGGUGGAGGAGUUGAGGACGAGAAAGAGGGAGUUGGAGGAGGAGAGGACGAGACAGGACCGAGACAUUCAGCGUCUGCAGGAGGAGAUGAGUGUGGUGGUGCUGGGAUCUGAACACGAGACGCAGCAGCUGCAGGAGGAAGUGAACGCUGUCAGAGAUCACAGCCAGAGACAACUCAACACUCUACACACACAACUGCACAACACACACACUGAGCUACAGACAUACACAGACGCAGCACAGGAAUACCACAGAGAGCGGUGUGUGUUGGAGGAUAAACUGUGUCGUUGUGAGUUUGAUCUGAACGAAGCUCAUCAGAAAACUGAAGAACUGCAGAAGAGAAUACAACAACUAGAACACAACAAACACACACAUGAUGACAAACACAUCAAAUUCAUGGAGGAAAGAGUGCUGGAGUUACAGACCUGUCUGAUGGAGGAACAAACCAGCUCAGAUUCACUCAUGAAGAGACUCGAGAGAGCAAGAGAACAGAUGGAGCAGGUGAGAGCAGAUCUUCUGCAGGAGCGAGCGGUUCGUCAGGAUCUGGAAUGUGAUAAAAUCAGUCUGGAGCGGCAGAAUAAAGACUUGCGGAGCAGCGUGUCACAGCUGCAGGACUCUCAGCGGACGGGACAGGACGCGCUCAUGUCCAAACUGCAGCUGCGCAUUCAACAACUGGAGGAGAGACUUCUGGAGGAGGAGAAAGAGAAUAAUGAGCUGCAGCAGGUGAAUCGUAAACUGGAGCGUAAGAUGAAGGAGAUGAUCGUUCACCUGGAGGAAGAGCAGAUGUCUCUACAGGACCAGAGAGACCAGCUCGCUCUGCGUCUGAAAGCACUGAAGCGUCAGCUGGACGAGGCCGAGGAGGAGAUCGAGAGACUGGAGAACAGCAGGAAGAAGCUCCAGAGAGACGUGGAGGAGCAACAGGAAGUGAACGAUCAGCUGCAGACACAACUCUCCGCCAUGCGCUGUGACAUCAGACGCAACAAGAGACCCAUUAAACUGCAGACGACUGACGACGAUGAUGAUGAUGAUGAUGAAGAGCAGCGAGACACAUGAGCACGUUCAUUAUUCACACGACUGAACUGAUGAUGUCAUCAAACUCUCAGGGAACAUCACGCAUGAAUUCAGUCAAAUGUAUGAUUUAAUAUUCUGCUUCUGUAUAAGUGAAGUCACUAAUAAACACUUCUUCAGUUC